AUGGUAGCGAUUAUUCGUGCUGCGACAGCAUGUCAACAGCAAUCAUUUAAUACAGAUACUAUAGUUAUACCUGUUAAUAUACCAACAACAGUAUCAACAUACUUAUCAAUAGUUAAAUUAUUUCAUCAAAAUAAUAACGAUGUUGUUGGUAUUAAUGAUGCUAUUGAUAUUAAUGGUGCUAAUCAAUGUAUUAAUUUACCAUCAACUAAAUUUAAUCAAAUCAAUAAUAAUCAAGAUGAUAAAUCAUGUAAUCUUGAUGAUGAUAAAGAAUUAGGUACAAUAGUAUCAUGGCCAAUUAUUGUUGGUGAAAUUGACUGA